CCGUCUACUCUACAGAUACAAACGACUUCACAAACCGUCUCCAAAGGGAAUAGAAACAGCUAGAAAAAUGGCAUCCCUCAAGAUUUCGGUCGCCCUCCUUCUCGCCCUCGUCGCAGUCGUCUCAUCGUUCCCUACCCCAGGCGGAUACGGAAAACACACUCACUACGUGAUUCAUGUGCCAUACCACGUGCACACCGUGCACCACCAUCACAAGGUUCCAGUCUACGUCAAGACGCACACCCACACCCAUACCCAUACCGGCAGCUAUGGAGGACACUAUUACCAUGACGACCACGACGACCACGGCUGGCACGGAUGGGACUGAGUUACUUGGGCGAACUUAUAAAACCAAGAGCAGAAUUUUAAAAACAUCCUGUAUCAUAAAAAAAUGGUGCAGCUGUAAAUACCCAUCAAUCAUCACCACUCAUCUCAGUUACCUCGUAUAUUCUAGUACAAAAUAUAGUCGUUAAAGUAUUUGUCAAUCAAAUGUUAAUAAGUGACUGAUUCAUCGUCAAUAAAUUAAAUUUUUUUA